CCUCUGUUCUUACUCUACGCAAACUUCUCAUCUUCUUUAUACAAACUCUCCACUAAAAAUCUCUCCUUAUCAAAUUCUUUCCUGGGUCACAAAAUUCUAGACUCCACCAUCCAAAAUUUCCCAUUUAUAAGAUAUUUUGAAUGGUUUUGGCUUACAAAAGCACCCAUUUUUUGAAGUUCUAACUAGUCUUUCUCUCUGUUUCUAUCAACUCAUUAGACUCAUCCCUUGAAUUAAGGCACAUUUGGCUCUCUGGGUAUUACGAAGACUCUCUUUUUAUACAGUUGUUCUUGUUUAGGGGAUCAAAAUCAAAGGAGGUGGGGGAGGGCUUUAAAUCAUAACGGAAAAUACUGAUUCUUUGAAGAAAAUGAUUCCGUUGCACAACGGGUGCAUUUUAUGGAAGUUAUUUGCAAUUCUUGAAAAGAAGUUAUCUGUUGAAGAAAGCUUUUAUUUUUGGAUCUUCCAAAUUUUCAAUAGGUACAGUUUGGGGACUUAGCCAUAAGGUCAGAAAUAGGUCUGUAAUUUUCUAAGCUCUUCUCUCUUUUUUGUUUCCACUUGUUUCUGGAUAUUUUGGAUAUUUUGGAUAGUUAGGAGAGUGAGGAAAUGGGAGGAGCAUCGUUGCCACCGGGGUUUCGUUUCCACCCAACUGAUGAGGAAUUAGUUGGGUAUUACCUCAAGAGAAAAGUUGAGGGACUAGAGAUUGAACUUGAGGUGAUUCCAGUGAUUGAUUUGUACAAAUUCGAUCCGUGGGAGUUGCCAGAGAAAUCAUUCCUACCAAAGCGCGAUAUGGAAUGGUUCUUCUUCUGUCCCCGCGACAAGAAGUACCCAAAUGGAUCGCGCACAAAUCGUGCCACCAAAGCAGGCUAUUGGAAAGCUACUGGAAAAGACCGAAAAGUUGUCUGUCAGGAUUCUGCGACAGGAUACAGAAAGACCCUAGUUUUCUACCGCGGGCGGGCCCCAAUGGGAGAUCGAACAGAUUGGGUAAUGCACGAGUAUCGUCUUUGUGAUGAUACUUCUCAAGGAUCACCAAGUUUUCGGGGAGCUUUUGCUUUGUGCCGGGUGAUUAAGAAGAAUGAGCAUAUACAGAAAAUGAGUGAUGCUCAUGGGGAACCAAAAGCUAAGUGGGUUGGAAGCAGUUCAUGCAAUGAGGAUUUCACCUCAACAGCAAUGCCAAAUGAGGCUGUGAUCAUCAAUGAAGACACAUCAGUCCAAACAAGUCAAAUUUGCAAUGGAAGUACCUUUUCUAGUCCUAUUGCUUCUCCAUAUCAUACAACACCAAUGGUGGAGAAUGAAGCUUUUUCAAUGGGGAACAAUCCCAGUAGCCUGUGGGUCUCACCUGAUCUAAUACUUGAUUCUUCCAAGGAAUAUCCACAACAAGGACAAGGUGUAUCUGGAUACUUCCCCCAGUACGAGUUUCCAAACACGAUGACUCAAUGGCAGCCAUAUAAUCAGUAUGAGAUCUCGCCCAGUUCGUCGUUCUCAAAUUUUACAGAGGAGGUUGAACACGGUGAUGGUCUAAGCCAAUUUGGUUGCAUGUCACCUUACUCGGACUACAUGGGGUUUUCUGGAAAUGAGAAUAUCUCGUAUGAAGGAUUUGAAACAUGGGAUCAGGCUCCGAUUUGUAGACAGAGUAGCGGAGAUGGGAGUUUGGGAGAAUAUGGCGGUUUAUGGUCACAGGAGGAUAACAUGGUCAUUGUUAUGUAAGAGUAUGCUAAAACUAGAGCUAUUUUGCUUGUAAUAAUCCAGGAGGGCGCCUCUGAGACAAUGCCUUUUAACGUUGUUUUUGGUUAUGGUUGUUGCCGUUGCGGUGUUGCUCGGGUUUCAAGUUACUGGUUAAAAUAGAAGUCUUCCCCCCAAGUGGUAAUCACUUUUAUAGAUUGCACUGGGAGUUGGUUUAGCUUGCAGUAUACGUGAAUCUAUGUUAUCUUAUAUAAUAAGCUUCUUUCAAAGAAGCCAGCUUGUGUCAAAAUGUUGGAUGUUCGAAUGUUAAAGGUGAUCCUGUUC